UUCGUGCAGUAUCUUCUUUGUGCUUUGCACGCGAGGUGAAUAGGCGGGACAACCUGGGCGCGAGGAAGGUUAGGGGGGGAAGGCGGGGGGGGGCAAGGGCAGAUGUGUGUGCAGAGGAGUCGGUCACGACACGAUCGGUCGCCCGGCGGAUACAACGGUCGAUCGCCUACCGGUAGCGGCGGACUGGGAAUCAACACUACUCGUUAUACAUCCCUCCUCCUCCUCGUACUCGCACGUAUCUUGCGUCCGCCCGGGAAAAUCGCCGCCGAAAUUAAAAGUAAAAGCGUCCCCGGCGGGAGGAUUUGGAGCUUCUUCUUGUGUAUCUUUUCGUUCCUUCUUGUAUCGGGGAAGAAUCGCAUGAACGAAGGUGGUUGGCGCCGUGCUCUGCCAAACCCUGCCCUCGGUACAUCAGCGCAUCAGGGACAAUUCUUGUUCGUUUCAGCUUCUCUGGUGCACAGCUUGGCUGGCGAGACUGCAGCCCGCAGGUAACGGGAGGAGCGCUGUUGGAUUUGUGCAGCAGCUUACACGCCAGUGCGUGCAUGCUGCCGGACAUCGCCGGCGCUGGUGGUUUGGGUGGGCGGAGAGAGAGAGAGAGAGAUGGGGAAAGGUGUUUGAAGGAAAAGCCAAAUCCAUGAGGGUCAAGCGGUUUCUACUAGCGAAGCGUGAUUGAACGAGUGAUUGCGCGGAAUGAGGGUGACGUCCAGAGAGAGAGAGACUGGACGGACAUAACUUUCCUGUGUGCGAAGUGGAAAGUGUAUGUGGUCAGGCGCCAUUCUCGUCGACAAACUGAAGAGUUGGAGAAAGACUUCUGGUGUUCAAUAGACAUCCAAGGAUCACGACCCGUUCGACGGAUGCAAAGAGCGUGCGAGCGAGGGAGAACAGAGGCCAAGGGAAUCUGAAGAGCGGGGGUAAGAGAGAGAGAGAGAGAGAGAGAGAGAGAGAGAGAGAGAGAGAGAGAGAGAGAGAGAGAGAGAUUUUACUGGAUUGGGCUGAAUCAAAGAGGCGCGAUAUUGUGGAGGAAAGGAAGUACGGAAGGCAGGCAGGGAGGGAGGGAGGGGGAGGGGGUUGCACCAAGUAACAGGGUAUAGAAGGAUCCAUUGGCACAGGGCUACUGCGCAGUAAACGAAGUGAGGAUUGGUUGGUAAAAAGGGAAGGCAUCAAUGCGCACGUUAUGCGAUGUGUGUGAGGCGGCGCCUGCGCAAUAUUUCUGCGCUGCGGAUGAGGCAGCGCUGUGCAUGACAUGUGAUGAAAAGGUUCAUGGCUGCAACAAGUUGGCAAGUCGGCAUGUGCGACUGGAGCUAGCAGAGGCCCGUGCGGUUCCUCGGUGUGAUAUCUGCGAAAAUGCUCCUGCUUUUUUCUUUUGCGGCAUAGACGGUACCUCCCUGUGCCUGCAGUGUGAUAUGGACGUUCACACUGGCGGGAAGAAGGCGCAUGCACGGUACUUGCUGAUGGGCCAGAGAGUGGAGCUGCCGAUGAAAAAAGUGCGAGAAGUCGCUGUUGCCGGUGCAAUGCUGAAAUCACAGCCGGUGAAGACGCAAUUGUCGCACCAUCACCAGCAUAGUAAACAGGGGAGAGACGUGCAAAAUUCGAGAAUGCAAGUCCGUGCUGCUGAGCGUCAACGACCGCAAGUGACAGAAAGGCAGAGUGUAUGUGCGGAACAACCAGCUGCUCAUUCGCCCCAGCCGGGCUGUCCUCUCAAGAGUGAUACAGCGGGUGGAGGGGAUGGUGUCUCUCCUGAUCAGGUCAACAGGGGGCCACCGGCAGAUUGUGCAGUGCCUGCCAUGCACGUAACUGCCAUGGAGGGCAAUGAGAGAGAUGAUGCUGGCGAAGGGGAGAGUGCCAGAAGAGAUGAGCAGGGCCGAACCCAGGAGCGUGAAUGCAUAGACCUCAAUUCUCGGCCUCGGCAUCUGAAAAUAGUCAAGAGGGCAGAGGCGGCUUUGGAGCAGUCGAGAAGCAGCGAUGAUGAUUGUCCGGGUGUUGUUCCCGAGGUAGACCCUGGAAACAGCUCCGGUGUUAUGGAAGAGAUCAAAGCGCCGCACUGGCAGUCAGAAGAGCCAAGAACGUUAGAGGAAAGGAGACACAGAUUGGACACUGCAAAACAUGAGAGGCUGCUACCCAGCAAGAAGAGGGCGCGGGUAUGAGUAGGGAUCUUCAGCAACAUGUUGUACAUUCGUUAGGGCCCGUGCCCAGUCCUCCAUGGAGCAAAAGCACGUGAUGAAUCUUAUUGAACAUCAAGGCAACGUCGAUACACUGUGGCAUGGUGGCUUUUCUUCGUCUUUUUCCCGGUGUGUGUGCAUGUGUGUGUGUGUGUGUGUGUGUGUGUGUGUUGGGGAUGCACACAGCGGGGAGAAGCAGACAGGGGGGAAGUGAUGAGGGAGGUCCUGCAGUCAGGUGUUAGUGCAGUUUGUGAUAGAGGGAGAGGGGAGAGAUGUGGAAAGCUUUCAUCUCCACGGUGUGUGUGACGGUGGAAGAUUGGAGACCGACCUGUCAGGGAACCUGUUUUCAGAAGCAGAAUUUAAGUUUAGCAAACUACCAUGUCCUUUGUAGCGCGAGCACAGGUUUAAACUUCUGGUCUUGUAGCUUUUUGUGGCACGAGGAAGGGAGACGUAGAGGGAGGGGGAGAGGAGUUGGCGGGGAGAUUCUGGGUGUUGUAGUCGGUCUCGAGUGUGGCGAGUAGUAAAAAGACUGGUCUGGGGGGCUUUUUGAUUAUGGAGUUGAUUUUUUGGAUUGCUUGAUGAAUAACAUUCACAGCAGGGCAGCAACAACUCUGCUGGAAUCCGUUUUGUUGUAAAUAUGAACAUUUUUCUGUCUUCGAGAGAGUAGGAAAUAUUGUUGACGAACAGGACGAGCAGCUUGCCAGCGUAUGCGCUCGGGAGCCAGCUUAUGUUGUCCGGUCGACUCGACCGAGCCUGCACAGGAGAGGAGAGGAGAGGAGGAGAAGGCUGCGCAUGGGGGGCGCAUGGGGGUAUAUUAAUGGAAGGAGCAUUCGGCGGAGCUGUGCAGGGUGUAUGUAUGCGUGGCCGCCGUCUGUCACAGACAGCGGCCGCUGCCACCAAGUUAGAUGUGUACAGUGUACGUGUGGGUGAUUAUGGUAGGACGUAUUGUAGUUAUUGCGGGCUUGAGAGCAGUAUCUGCGCGACGGAUCUGGCUUUUAUGGAGUGGGACUGCUCAAGGAGAUGUGAACAUAUAGGUCUGCUUCGGGUCAUUUCGGGGAAGAGGGGAAAUCUUCAAUUUUCCAGUAUCUGCACGACGGAUAUGGCUUAUGUGGACUUCUCAAGGAGAUGUGAACAUAUAUAGGUCUGCAUCGGGUCAUUUCGCGGGAGAGAGGAAAUCUUCAUUUUUCCUACAAUUUAUUGAGUGGAGCUGCUGGUGUCGAUUUGAAGAGGGUGGUCUUGUCCCUGGAGAUUUGCCUGUCCAGUGUUCACCCCUGGCUUUGCUGUUUUGAGGCGAUUCACCGAAUGCGCAAUAUCCAUGGGUCCAAUGACUCCAGUCGUCUUAUGCCACGCAGUGCCUUCUUGCCUAGACUUGUCCAGAUAUGUGUGUUGAAGGCAUGCAUACGGGGAAGGGGUGGUGGUGAUCCUCUUUGCGCCCUCCCAUUCUGUUCUGGCAACAUGGGGAAUGUUAGCUGUUCUUUUGGCAUCUGGCUGUCAGUUGUAGAGGAUGCAAAGCAAAGGUGAGGGCCUUUGAAGUCGCUCUGUGGGGGUGUUGACGGGAUGGACCUUGAAAAAGGUUUGAAUUAGAGGGAGAUCCGAAUAGCGUGUAGUUCUCUCCAACCAUUUCACAUGUAAAGCCUCUGUUGGGUGAGAGGGUAGGGGAGAGGGGAAGAUAUCUGUUAAGGGACGGGGCCAUAAAUACAUGAUGAAAGGCUUGAAUCCGGUAUAGACUGCCGACAGCUCGAAUUCGGUAUAGAUUGUCGACAGCUCGAAUCCGGUAUAGAUUGCAGACAGCAUCCAAAUUUUAACUCCUUGAAAUUUCCUUCUUGAAAUUUCGUCCUUUCUGUUUUUAGGCUUUUCCAAUGCAAUGUCGAGCUGGUAGGGAGAUAAUUUUGAACUCUUUUUGUUCUCUAUUUUGGAGAGAGCUUUUUACAUCCAGUGUUAUUGUUGGUAGCCACGUUGCUUUUUCUACU